AUGUCGACAGGGCAGGGCGGAGGUCACCUGGACCAAUCCUUUUUCCGCAUAGCUACAGAGUGUGCUGGCGUAUUAAAAGACUUUUGCCGUGGGCAACGGGCAAAAGCGAAAAAGGCACUCCAGCGUCUUGCACAGGAUCAUCCAAACAGCUUUUUGCCACACAGAUACCUGGCCCGGUUGUUAUAUCACGAAAGUGCUCGUGUAGAGGCAGAUCAGCAGGUUUCCUGCGGGACGCUGCCGUCCCAUAGGCGGCUCGCUCUGCUCCAUUCCGCUUUGUUGGAAGCGAAACAGGCGUCGGAGCUUGCGCCCGGCUCGCUCAGUAGCGCUGCGCUGCGUGCCACCCUGCUCGUCAACCUACUGGUUGAGGAAUCAGCUCUGCAGGGUGGGCUCGCUAAACCGCAAGAGGAGCCGCUGCAGCCUAGCGACCAAGUGGCAUUGGACACGUUCACAGAGCUUUCUGGGUCUGGGUCGUCGGCAGCCCCUGGAUCCGGUGACGUGGCGUGGUACCAGCUACAGCCCGAGGCGCGCUGCGAAGCUAUAAAGCGGGAGUUCCGCGAGGCAAUAGCUCACUGCGUGCGUACGCUGGAAUGCAAUACGCCACUGCUGGUGGAGCCGGUCAUUACGAUAUCAGAUGCACACGCUAGGACGUGUGACCCUUGCUGCCUGAGGGUCCAAGACAGUAUCGUGGAGUGGGUUAAACAGGAUAACUGGCAACGAAUUGUGGCGGAGAAGCGCAGCGUGCUUGCAUGCAUGCACCAAGUGCUUGAGAGCUGCCAUACGCUGCUGGAUAGCACCCAUAUUCCUGUGGAUGGCAUAGUGCGCCUCCUGCAGCACAUCUUGAGGCCGCAUCAGCAGGACCUGCAGCUCUGGGCCAGCCAACUGCUGCUGAGCAAGGGGAGUGUUGACGACCUGCAGCACAAGUUUGAGACUCAGGCAGCGGUAACCGAGUUGCUCCGCAUGCUUCGCCCGGGCCGUCCGAGUGAGGAACUGACGGCUGGUGUCGGCGCAUCUCAGCCUGGGCUGACACAGCUUUGCCCAGCGGCCGUCCAAAUGCACGCUUCGGCAAGCGCUGCUCUGCCACAGGCACAGAUACAGCAGACGCAGCAGCAGCCGAUGGUAGCUAGCGUCUCAGGUCAGGUAGCUGCCGCACCUGCUGAGGUGGUAAUGGCGGGCCGGGUUGGGUCAGGAACCGCGAACUCUCAACCGCUACCACCGCCGCCUCAGCAGGAGCUUGCAGCUUGCUUGUCAGCUGAGCAGGAGUGGGAUGAGGUGCGAGAAGGCAUCACUAUGCCCUCCGUAGGCGCAGGUGUUGCAGGUGCCGGUUCCGGCGGCCGAAGGGCCGGGGGCAAGGUGAAGAACAAGACAAAGGGCAAUGACGCAGCGCGGGGCACCCGGAAGGAGCGUAGCCGCUACGAGCGGUACAUGGACGUAGAAACCUUCUGGCGUACGACGUCGCCAGAACAGCGGCGGGAGCUGCUGAAGGUGCCCAUGGCUGCAUUGCUGAAAGGGGUACGCCGCGAGCAAGGAAACGAUGCAGUCGACGAGCUAAUCGAGGGUCUAGUCCUCUUGCGGGAGCAGGGCAACCGAGCGGCGUGCUAUUGGUUGUGCCCGGUCUGCGAGCAAAAGUUCCACAGUAGUCGCGACUUCCUGGGCCACGUGGAGAUGGUCCACGAGGGCCUCGCAGUGCAGGCAAGGCCGUGCUUCUGUGGCCUCGGGGCUGAUGCUGCGAACGUGAGCCAUGCACAAGGCCAGGGGCAGCAGCAGUACGGCUUGGAGAGCUCCUCGGCGCAGCAACCGCUGAAGUUUGGAGAGGCGUCCGAUGAGUGGCUGGCGCCCUUCCCUGCGGCGUCGCUGUCCGCGCCCCUCAUGGUGCCCGACCCACGCGCCGGGUUGCCAGUGCCCUCAGGACCGGCCACGUUGCCGCCAUCACAUGCGCCCGGAACGCGGUUGCGGGGAAAGCGCAGCAGCGGUGGCAGCGAUGUAAGCGCCGACAGCAUACUUGGCCAGUCUCUACACAGCCGGAGCCUCAGCGAGCCGGCAAACCAGGGGCGGCAAGCGGGCGAGCAAGGGCAUGGAGAGGUCGGAACAGGUUCCUCGAUGGUUGAUGAUGGUACGGACGCCGGAGGCGCGGGCAGCAGCUCAGCGACAUGGCGGUCCUGGUGGCCGACGCGGCUCAUGCAGGGCUGGGCCGGUAAGGGGCAGCAGCAACAAGGGCCAGGGCAGCAGCCACAGCAGCCAGCCCCAGGGUCCUUACCGAGCGUCAACGCUCGGGAUAGCGGCCGCCAGGAAGCGAGGCAGCCUAACUUUGACGGUGGGGGGCCGCCUGGUGCACUGCGCUUCACUGCCAAGGCACCGUCGUCUCCCAAAUGCGCUAAUGAUAGCGGUACCGCCGUGCACAAUGACGGCGUCUCCCACCCGUUGCUUGCUGCUGGGGGCCUUCUCGCACGCGCGGGCCACGCUGCUGGUGCAACUGAGUUGGUCGGCGUUGAUGGUUUUGGAGGUCGGAUGAACGGCAUGGUUGUUGAGGUCAUGACACGGCUGCGGGAGAUAUAUCUAACGGAUCGCGACCUUGGCGACACUACCUUGGGGCACAUAACGCAGUUCGUGUACCGCAAGCUAGGUGCAGGAGCCGCGGCCGACGACCUGAACCUAGCGUCCUGCCCACCAGGGCCCCGAGCCGUGUUGCUGGAGUUCCUGUCGCAGCCCUCCAUAGUGUUUCAAAGGCCUCAAGCGCUGGCUGUGGUUCUGGGCCUGUUGCCUCUGGCGGACCUUCAAAUAGUUGCCGCAUACGCUGUCCGCCAGCACGAGAAUGCUGUGAGUGGCAUGGAGGCGGCAGCGCGUGAUAUCGCCGCAGGAAGUGACGAGGACGGAAAUGGAGCACAGGAGGAGGAGGACGAGUGCGAUGGCACUGGCGGUGGCGUCGGGGGUUCUGGAAGCGAGCAGGAAUAUCAACUUGACCUCGCGGCACGGCUGGAAGCGGCCAGGGUGGCUGCCGCGGAGGCGGCCGUUGCGUCGCACUUGGCCGCACCAAUGCCGCGGGCACGGCGACGGCUACGUUACACGAGUCGUCGAGCGCCGGCUGGGGCCACCGCUGCGCAGCAGAGCUCAGCUAGCCUGCCACCAUCAUCAUCCGCUUCGCAAUGUGCCGCAGUACAGUCACAGCUUCAGCAACAGCACAACAAUACAGGGCCCGGGACGCCGCCCCUACCACCGCAUGCUUGCGGCAGCUUGCACAUUGGUGGCAGCCACGCGCUGUCCUUGAACCGGGUUAACGAUGAUGCCAGUGCGGAAGAGGUAUCGGAAGAGGAGAUGGAGUCGGCCGUGGACGGCGUCGAGUACACUUUGGGCCCCGACGGCGAGGCCCUGCGUGGCAUGUCGCCUCACCAUUCUGUUGCCACGGCGGACGCAACGAUGUCCCGCUCCCAUCAACAUCAACUUGAGCAGCUACGUCACGCAGGCGGCGGGGGUGUGCAUCUAGUGACUGGGGCCGGUGCAGGUGUGAAUGCCAUUCUCUGCGACGACGAGCGUAGUAUGGAAGGCUCGCUGGUUGAGGAUGGCGACGAGGAGGUCUCUGAAGAUGUUGAGGGGGCUGAAGAGGAGUUGUCCGAAGAAGAAGACGGCGUAAGCCUUGUCCCUGACGACGAGGACGAGGAAGAAGACGGGCCUUGCGUGUCCCUCUUUAACGUCGCGGGUGAUGUGGAACUUGGCUUUGACCGCCUCAUCACGCAGAUGUGGGGUGGUGGCGCAGAGAACGACGAUGCUGCUGUAGCCACGCUUGAUCAGCAGACGACAAACACUGGUAACGCCUCCACCUCAGGGCAUGGCGGCUCGGGGGGCAACAGCAGCAAUCGCAACCGCAGCCAGCAGCAAGGCAACCGUGGCGGACGAAAUCAGCAGCAGGGCAGGCAACAGUCGCCCACGUCGCGCAGUGGCGGGGCCAACAGCGCAGCAGCUGCAGUCCCCGGAGGUCCGCUUUCCAGCGUGGUGUGCUCAGCAGGCGCCGUAGGGUUGCCUGACGACCCGGUUCUCGCGGAAGAGCUGGUGGGUCCGCGCGAGGAUGAGCCUUACCUUGUGGUGGCCGACUGGUGGCUGCAGCAUCUCCGCUUGAACGGCGGUGGUCCGGUGCCCGAUGAGUUACGCGUGUUGCGAUGGGUCUAUGGCAAUAUUAUCAACGUGCAGGCGGAAGAGUUCUGCGCACGACAGCGCGAGCUGCGCGGCGGACGCGAUCGUGACACUGCCAUUCUGGACCUAUACGACGAGGUAGCGGCAGUCUGGCGCAGCCUACAGGCCGUAACGGACAAACGUAGCCGUCUAGAAGCGCUUCGGCGGGCUGCACGCGGCCAUUUUGCCGUUGUGCGAAGGCUGGAGGAGGCUGGCGGCCACGCAACCCUAGAUCAGGCCACGGAAUUCUUGGAUGCCGUUCUGUCCGGCUACUGCCAGGGCCAGCAAAGCGGCGCUGCCACAGGGGCUGGCACUACUGCCGGGCCGUGUAGUGAUGCGGGCCCCUCUGGGCCACCGGAGCAACCCGGCACGCCCACCACAUCAGAGGCGGUUGGUACUGCCGCCGAAGGGCCCGCGUCAGGCACCGGUGCCGCAGUCACAACACCAGCAGCAUCUGUCAGCGCCGACACUGCGACGGCCACUGCAUCGGGCAGCACUGUAACAGGUCCAUCGGGUCCGUUGCUGUACCUAUGUGAGCGUGCAGUAGAGGUGGUGAGGCGGCAUCCAGCACUGGCGCAGGAACCCAGCCAGAGGUAUGCUACAGCACUGCUGGAGCGCGAGCUGUCCGUGCUGGCGCUGGUUGAGGUAAUGGUGGCGGCGGAGGCUGAAGAUGCGGCGCGCGAAAGGGGUGUUGCGGAGGAGUCGCUGAAACGGCACCGAGCAGAACAUCGGGACGCAGAGGCGGAAUACCAGCGCGUGCAGGCUGAGGGUCCCGCAAGCCAUCGUAAAAAAGACCUCCUGGACAAGGCGACUAAGGAAGCCGAGCACCGUGAACAGUUACGCGAGUUGGCCGCUCGUUUGGCAUCGCUGUCGGAUAGCAUUGCGGCGGAUGAGGGCAAUAAAACAAGAUACGCCGAGAAGCAGGACGAGGCUGAGCGUGAGCUGGCCUACGUCCGCGACGCCAUUCGCCAAACCAGCGCCCGCCGUGCUUCGUUGCUGGAUGUCUGCGCCACCCUGGACGUGCCGUUCGCACCCCCGCCUCCACACCAUCCUCGCGCUCACCUGCAGCAGCGGCUGAACCGUAGUGGCCCAGGCGGCGGUGGCUCAGGCGUAGCGCCCGUGGACCAGGUGCCAGUUAAUGGGUCGGUGGCCGCGUCGUUUCCACCUUCGGACGCGGAUGUGUGCUCCGCAGCAAUGGCGCUGGGGCCGCCCUCGGGAGGAGGCUUGGCGGCCGCAGCUGCGGAUAUGGAGUGGCGCGCCACAAGGCUUGAGUGCCUCAUGUACAGGGUGCUGUGGGUUUCAGAGGCCGUAAAGAUGUUUCAGCCGCAGUAUAACCCCAGGCCGACCACACAUCACUACAAUCUUUUCAUUCGCGCUACCCACUGGGCCAAGCAGCUGAGCGAGGAGUACGAGGAAAGUAUCCGUGCGUAUUGCUGUGAGCUGGAACGCUUGCGGGCCCGCCUGCGCGAUGUUGCUGCUGUGGACUUGGGCUACGAGAUUGGGGCGGCUGCGCUGGAGGUGGUUCGCAGGCGUAUCGAAGCUGCUGCCAGGGCUGCCCGUGAGGCUGCCAGCCUUACGCUGCUGAAGGAGCUGGAGGAGGAGGAAGAACGGCGGAAGGCUGCACUAGCAGCAGCCAAAGAUGCCAAGGACGCCGGAGGUGGUGCGGCUGCCAGCAGCUCUAAGAAGGCGGGGGCAAAUAAAAAGGCUGCAAAGGCCUCCCAGGACAGCCGAAACCGUGCGCAGAAGGAGAAGGAACGGGAACUGGCGCGACAGGUUGAGGAGGAAGCUCGGCGUCGGGCUGAGGAGGAGGACAAGGAGCGCGUGGCUGCAGCCCGGCGGGCUCGCGAGGCUGCCCUGGAGGCGGAGUUGGAGCGCAGACGGCGAGAGCUCGAGGAGCUCGAGGCACAACGAGAGGCAGAAGCCAUUCGCGCGGCCCAGGAGGCUAGCCUCCGUGAACAGCAGCUGCGUGAGCAGCGGGAACGAGAGCAGCGGGAAGGGGAGCAACGGGAGCGGGAACUUCGGGAGGAGCAGCGAGAGAAGGCCGAGAAGGCUAGCGCUGCUGCUGUUUUACAAGCGCAAGCCAAUGUGCCGGCACUGACGCUCCAGCAGCAACAACCUGCAGCAGCUGGAACGGUCGCGGGCCAGCGCGCAGGCGUGGUACAACCUGCGGCGGGACAGACCACAACUGGAGGCCGUAAGCAGGAAGCUGCGGGCAUGCAGCUGCAGAUGCAUCAGCAGGUGCAAUGUCAACCGUCGAACAACCAGGCAGGCGCCGGUGCCACUGCGGCGCCAGCUGGUGCUGUUCCAGUCGCACCGCUUGCAGCGACUUCCAUCGGCUCGGCGUGGGGCUCGUCUAGCGCCGGCCACGGCAUGCAGGCACAGCCCCAACCUCAGGCACAGCAGGCAGUUCCUCAGCUGCCUGUGCCUCCGUUGGACGCGUUGCAGCAGCAACAACUUCCGCAACCUCCGCCACAGCAGCUGCAGGGAUCACCGGCUGCAGCGGUGCCGUCGCAAACGCUUUCUAGGCAUGCCGCAGUGGAUGGCGUGUCUGUCCCGGAUUUUAACCCUUUUGCCGAGAAUCCUGUUUUCAAGGCGCUGGCAAUGGACGCCAAGGCACCUCAACCCGCCUCACCCAGUGGCGCUGCUGUGCCUGUAGCACUGGCUGGUGCAGCUGGCCAAGGCCCAUCCCAGCAGGUGCAGUUGCAACAAGGCGCGCCUCGGGCGCCGUCACAGCUGCCAUCCGUGCAGCCGCACCCUGAUGCGCUGCUGGCGGGAAUACCGGGCUCACAGUCGGGUUCAGCGGUACCGAAUCCAGAAGCUGACACGCACAUUAAAUCAAUUAUGUCUAUUUUGGACCAGGAUGGGCAGAGCCCGUCUGCUGGCUCUGGUCUGAGCGCUGGUAUGUCACAUCAAGGAACGGGUCCGGGAGCUAGAGCAUCGCCCGGGGGUACGAGCCGCUCUACACAAAGUGGCCAGGCAUCGCAAACGCCGACGGCAAACAGCAGCCCGCAGCGCGCACUCAUGCCGCCGGCUCCACCUCCGGGGCCCCCGGCAUUGUUGUACGGCAACCCUUAUGGGAUGGCUGGCGCUGCGGGUGGACCUCCCUUGCUGCUUCCUGGCACGGAUGGAUCACCGGGCGCUGGUGGAAGUGUGGGCCGAAUGGCCACGGUGGCGUCUCCUUCGGCUGCAUCCCGUUCACAUGUAGUCGCGCAGGUUGGCGUGCUGCCGAACGGAUCUUCGAUGGGGCUAUGUGGUGUGGGUGGAAAUACGCUGACUCCAUCAGCUAUGGGGAACCCAUCGGAUGGCCUAGGGAACUCGGCCGGAGGGGCCCAGCCUGGUGUUCUUGCUGGCCUGCCCACCGGCGCGGCCUUCAGCAGCGCUAUUUGGCGGCCUGGUAGCGAGCAGUUGGCCCCUGGUUCGCAGCUUCCUAUGGGCAUGCUUGGGCUGGGCCUUGGCCUGGGAUGCAUUGGCGCUGGGCCGAACACUUGGGGAAGUGUAGGGUUGAACAAUGCCACGGCGAACAUGCCAACCGGCAUCCCGCGUUCCAGCUCAGCUGUGAUGGCCUCACCACGGCAAGUCAGCAACGGCGGAACCGGCGAAUGGGGCGGCAGUCCGGUUAGUGUAACCUCUGCCGGAGUCGCAACAGCAAGCGCUACUGCAGCUGGUGCUGGCCGUGACAAUGGCAUGACGCUUCCCGAUUCGGUGGAUACGCUGGUGGCAUCGCUCCCCUCCUCGUUACUGCCGGGUAACCUGGACUCUGAGCCGGCUCCUCCUCGCAGCCCUGGAGUUGCAGCAGCGGUCGCAACGUCGGGCCUAGCGCCGACUGCGGCUCCCUUCUAUCCUGCCAGCUUACGAGGCAAGGUCAGUCACCCUGCUGGCGGCGGCGUUGCUGGUGGUGGCAUGGGCAACGGAAGUAUGAUUCAGCAGCAACAGCUUGGAGGCAGUGCAGGGAUGGGCAUAGGGAUGGGGAUGGGGAUGGGGAUGGGGAUGGGGGCGAUGGGCUUGGCAGCAAUGUCUGGUGAUAAUGCAGCGGUGUGGAUGAGUGGGAUAGUUUCUGUGCCUGGUAAACAGAGCGCCGCAGCAGGCGCUGUGGCCGGCGCUGCGGCUGCCGCCGCCGCCGCUGCUGUGACGGCGGCGGGCAACGGGCUAGUUACGCAGGGACAGCACACGGGGCAGCAGCAGCUCAGCGGCUCCGCUGGUAUGGCCGCUCUGCCGGGGGUUAUGUGUCCGGGAGGUAUACGCUACAUGGGGCUUUAUAAUGGGGAUGGCGUCAACUGGUCCCAUGGUGGGAUGAUGCCCACGCCGGGGGUAAUGGGCUGCAGUGCAAGCCCAGUGGAUGAGAGCAACCUCAUGGUUUGGCAAGCGACAGUGUCUGGUCCAGAUGAGACGGAGUGGGAAAGCGCUAUCCAGACAAACCACCACGAUGCCGGUUCACGUCUGACAUGUUCCAUCCGCAUUGUCACCGUAGAUAAGGAGAUGGGAUGCAGCGGGCCACAUCACAGUCCACCAUGCCUUACACAUGCCCAACAUGUCUUCAUCGCCCACAAUGUUUACCAAGACGGAUCGCUCUGCAUGGACGUGCUUCAGGACCAGUGGUCUCCCUGCCACAACGUGUCUACUCUCCUGACGUCCAUCCAGUCGUUGUUGACGGAUCCAAACUGCUCUAGCCCGGCUAACCCGGAAGCUGCAAACCUUUACCUCAACGACCGGGCUGCGUACAAGAAGCGUGUGCGGCGCAUUGCCCAGAAGAGUUUGGAAAACUGCUGAGCUGCAGCUGUUCCGGGGUAGGGUUUUAAGCGUUUCCCUUUUUCGCAAAGAGUCGGUUAUUUGAUUUGCAUGAUGAUCGCACGGAUGCGUAUUGUGUGGUGCCUCUUUUCUGCAUUCCAGCUUCCCGAGGUUUGUAGCAUGCGAUGCUAUUUUCCACGGCACUGUAUCAUAGGAAAAAAACUGCAGGUUGCAUCAUAUGUCGUGUACGACACGUGGGCGGAGCAGACAGCUGUGGGCUGCACGUCACCCGGACAGAGUUAUACCGUGAACACGGUGCAACCGUAUAUACUAUUUUCAUGGGUAACCUGCUGACGGUAUGCGGGUGUCCCCGAAUGUCCUUAGGUUGUUCCGGUAUAAUCGUGUUCCGUAACGACAUGCACUGUUUGAACCGGGAAAUGAAGUGGCUUGGGCAGGUUGC